AUGUCAUAUGUUGACAGUCAGAGCGUUUUCAAAGCAAGAUGCGAUGAGAUAAAGAUCUCAGCGUCGACGUACGAAGAGCUGCACAGAAAGGGUUGGUCAACCUUUGGAAGUUACGCCUUUUCAGUGACGACCAAUCCUGGCCAGUUGACAGAUGAUGAUUUCGAUACAAAAGUUGCAGUGCCUAUCCUGGGCAGUUCAAAUGCUCCGGAGUCGGCGUUGUUACGCCGUUUGCUCUUCGAAUCAUACACCCUGACUGCAACUGAGCUGAAGCGCAAAGCAGACAAUACAGAGAGUGAUGCGCCGAAGAAGCUCCCCAUACAGGAGAUAGCGGCUAGGUUCACGGCAAUUGAGAAGAAGCUUCAGCCCUUGAAAAUCGAGAGUGUGCUUGAACCAAGCCAUGCGUUAGUGAACGCUUUGGCGCAAUGUGCAGAGGACGGUCGCUUGAGGUACAUUGAGUGGUCUCGUUGCACUACGAGGUCGUCAGAGGUGAACAAUGUGAAAGAACAACAGAGCCUUAAGGUUUGGAAGGCCGAUGCAUCUGGAACAAUAAAACAGACGGAGGCCGACUCCAAUCUCAAGUGCGAGGUCUCAUCAGAACUUGAAGUGAUGAACGCCAUGAGGAGGCGUGGGAUUGCAUACGAGCUGGCAAACCUCAUGAGUUUUGAAAAGCAUGAGUUGAUAGUCAACAUGUUGUUCGCAGAGUUGCAGAGGGAGCCAAUGGAUGGUUUCAGGAAGCUCUCCAUGGGCCAACUUGCAGCCGCAGACCGUGAGAUUCACCUGAAGUUGUCUGAGAAGACACGAGCGGGCCUACCACUUGGGCCGGCGGGUGAACUUCCCCUUGAUGUCCAUGUGGAAGCUGUCUUGGAGAUGCCUGCCAUCAUGUGGCUCCUGAUGCAGAAACCAAAGACAAAUGCAGCGGUGGACAAAGCACCGGCUCCUGUCAACCCUCAGCCGAAGCCCAAGAACAAGCCAUGGUCACCACCGAAAGGUGGCAAGUUUGACAAGAAGAACCGCCGCUUGUCGAAGACACCAAUGCCAGCUCAGCUACGAGGUCAGACAAGGACCGAAACAAGUGAGGUCGAAAAGCCGGCUUCUGUCCCCACUUCUGCAAAGGCAGCACCGGGGAUUUUUCCUUCAGUGGAUAUCAUCCAGGAUGAACCUGUGUCCAACGUUGCAGUCGAAGGGCUGGCAACGCCUUUUACUAGUCAGCGAAGGUCAGCUGACACAAGUUUUGGGGGUGAGCCCCCUUUUGCAUGCAAGGGCGAAGGCCCUAGUCCAGCACUGGAGGGCGCGAAGGCGCCACCUUUUCUUUUGGAGCUUUUCUGUGGAACUGCAGGAGUGUGUGCUCAGUUUCGUACGCAAGGUGGAAGGGCCUUGGGUGUGGACCAUCACUUGAAGAGGGCCAAACUAAAAGCUGCAGCCGUUCAACUGGAUCUGACCCAGCAGUGGGUACAGGAUCUCAUUGUGAAGGAGAUCACACUUGGCUGCGUCUCAGGCAUACACCUGGGCCCACCUUGCGGCACAGCGUCCAAGGCCAGGAACAUCCCAAUCAAAAGGAAACUUGUGAAAAGAGGAGCUCCAAACCCUCAGCCUUUGAGGAGCUCUGCAUACCCAUUGGGAUUUCCAUGGCUGAAAGGGCUGAACAAAGUAAAAGUGCAAGCAGCAAACUGCUUGUACGAGUUUUCAGCCAACCUUGUGAUGCUGUGCGAGAAAUAUGAUGUUCUGUUUACGGUGGAGAACCCUGAGAACUCCCUGAUGUGGGAAACUCCAUUUUUCAAACCUCUUUUGCAGCGUUUUUAUUUCCAUGUCAUUGAUGCCUGUGAAUACGGUUCCGAGCAUAAGAAGUCCACUGCAUUCCUGGCCAACUUCGAUGCCCCUAGGCUCAAACAACGUCGUUCUGGCGAUCACAGUCAUGCGGCCUGGAAGGUCAGGCAACUUGAAUCAGGUGACUGGGCCUUUGAUACGGCCAAAGCAGCCGAAUAUCCCAGCAAAUUAGCACAUGAGUUGGCUGCCUCUUUUCUGGAAGAACUGGCAAAACGUGGAGACAUCUAUUUGCAGGAUGAAGUAGUUGACCAUGCAGUGAAAAUUUCGGCUGAAUCACAGCCAAGACGUACGAAAGGGCCACUCCUCCUUUCUGAGUUCAAGUCGAAGGUGGCCAUAGAAUGUGUGGAAGAUGACAAUCCGCCACUUUGCAUUCCAGAGGAUGCAAAACCACCGUGGCAGGGCAUUCCUGUUGGUGCAAAGAGACUUGACCUACAGCCGGAAUUUGUGCAGCGUGUGCAACAACUGACACAUCCAUUCGAUGUCCUGCUGGAGUGGCAAAGCACAGGGCGGACAUGCUGCAGCAUUACAUUGGGCGUGCAAGAGCUCUACAACAAGACGAGUUAA